CAGUUCGGUUAGUGUGUGACAUGCCAUACCCGAGGCAUGCAUACAAAAAUACCUUCGCAGUUAUUCAAUCAUUGUUUUUGUUUGUAACAAAUUCAACAAUUUUUUUUUCGUCAUUCUCUAUCUCUCAAAUCGAUUGGAGAAAUCACUAUGUGCCAUCAGAAAAUGUAGUCCAUUCAGUCAAAAUUAAAAGUUAUACGAAAAUUUAAUCGCUAAUCAUAUCAGAAUUUAAAUACAAACAAAAUAAAUAAAUCCAAGCAAUUUUAAUGUGAAUACAGUGUGUAAAAAAGAUGGUUUCCAGGAGGAAGGUGUUGUUGGUGUUUUGUGCAGCUAGUGGUGCCUUUUCGCUGCUUUGCGUCUGGUCCUAUUUCAUUCGAAUGGAAAAAUUCUAUUGGGAAGCGAAAACAACCGAAUAUGCCGCGUACAACCACGCUGAAGCAGCUGCACUCAAAUCACACGAAACUAACUCAUUCGAUGAUAAUUUAAUUGUUAUUUACAAUCGUGUCCCGAAAACGGGCUCCACCAGUUUCAUUAAUUUAGCUUAUGAUUUGUGCAAGAAAAAUCACUUCUAUGUACUGCACAUUAACAUCACCGCCAAUAUGCAUGUCUUAUCACUCAAUAACCAACUUAGCUUUGCGCGUAACAUAAGCGCUUGGAGUGAAAUGAAACCAGCGCUGUAUCACGGCCAUAUGGCUUAUCUGGACUUUUCAAAAUUCCAAAUCCCACAGAAACCAAUUUAUAUAAAUUUGAUAAGAAGACCAAUAGACCGUUUAGUAUCAUAUUACUAUUUUUUGCGAUAUGGAGACAACUACAGGCCGAAUUUGGUGCGACGAAAAGCGGGCGAUAAAAUGACAUUAGAUGAGUGUAUAAAACGAAAGCAACCGGAUUGCGAUGUAAAAUAUAUGUGGCUGCAAGUGCCAUUCUUUUGUGGUCAUGCGGCUGAGUGCUGGCGACCGGGUAGCGAAUGGGCGUUAGAGCAAGCCAAGUAUAACUUAGUGAAUCAUUACUUUUUAGUUGGAGUAACAGAAGAAAUGGAAGAUUUCAUAUAUCUAUUAGAGUUAUCGUUGCCAAGAAUAUUCAAAGGAUCAAUGAAUCAAUAUCUAAACUCGAGUAAAUCGCAUCUGCGUCAGACGACAUCAAAGAUCGAUCCGAGUCCGGAGACGAUAGCUGCAAUAAAAAAGACCGAAGUAUGGCGGUUGGAGCACGAAUUCUAUGAAUUUGCAUUGCAGCAAUUCCACUUCAACUACAAAUUGCAGAACAAAAUUAAAGUACAGGGUCAAAAUUUGGAGCAAAAAUUCUUUUACGAAAAAAUUCGACCAAAAAAAUAGUGAAAAAACAACAAGACGAUCUCAUUUUAUGUUUUUGUAUGAUUUCACAAAAAGCGAUUAAUGACAUUUACAAUUGCAUCAAAACACGCGGUCAUUGAUAGUGUAGAAGCCAUUCGAUCGUAUAUAAGCAUCGAUAGAUUUGUUCGUUCACUGAGUUUUACCUUUAGUUCUUCUUUGUCAAUUUAUAAAAAAUACUCUAUUAGCGAAUUUUCAUUCAGCAGUCAAUUGCUAUACCUAUUCAACAACAAAAAAAAUGCUCAACACUUGAUAUUUCGUAUCACAGACAUGAUACUCUACUGAAAUUAUGAUAUUGUUGCCUGAUCUGAGUGGCACUUUGUUAGGAACUGUUAGAUUUCACUUUUUUCUAUCUAGUUCUUAUAUCUAGAUCCUAUUGAUAGAAAGCAAAGACCGACUUAAUUUUUUACCAACAAAAACAUACACACACCGAACAUUUUCUAUUCUUUGUCACCAAUUAGCUUAUAUUUAUUGUGUAAUUAAAUGCAACAAAAUUAGACUAAGAGUAACGGACUCAAGGUGAAAAAUAAAAAGACAUUUUAUUAUUCACAAA